AUGCUCGAGCAGGCGCCGGCCAUGCGGCGCGUGCGCCACGAGCGCAAGCGCCACUCCAUCUCCAAGGCCGACGCCGAGGCCCUGGCGCUGCGGCUCCAGGGCAUCAUGCCGAGCCCGGACGGCGAGGCGGAGAUCGACCUCACGCGGUCGUCGUUCCACCGCGCGCGGAACUCGCUCAUCAAGGUCGCCAAGGACGCGGGCCAGAUGCAGCGCUGGCGCUCCGGCGGCGGCGGCCAGCACAUCGACGCGACCUGGGUCUUCUCCGUGCUCGCCCUCCUCUGCGACAGCGACGUGAAGCAGUGCCUCGGCUUCCUCUUCGAGCUCUACGCGUCGCGCGGCGGCAAGCAGAGCCAGCGCGCCGUCGCCGAGAUGCUCAUCAGCGUCUCCGGCGCCUGCGGCGCGACCCUGGGCACGAAGAUGCCCGACAUCAACGCCCUCGAGGGCAAGGCGCGCGACGCGAUCGACGCGCUCGCGAAGUUGAUCCCCAAGGACAUGCAGUCCACGGCGUCGAAGAAGGAGCCGAGCGCGUCCAUGUACCUCACCUUCGCCCAGUUCUGGGACCUCUGCCAGGACGACGUCGACAUCGCCAAGUACAUCGACGGCGUCCUCGCGCUCCGCAAAAACGAGACGCGCAUCGGCCACCGCGAGCAGCGGCUCGACCUCGCGGCGAUGCACACGCUCGACGCGGCCCUCAUGGACGAGAACGAGGACGAGGCCGAGAGCGAGAACUCGUCGGACGCCGAGCUGCCCGAGGGCGCCAAGGUCGCGGAGCUCGCGGAGCGCCACGAGGCCGAGGGCGGCGACGACCGCGACGCGCCCGCGGAGCGCAAGGAGAAGGAGGGCGAGCGGCCCAGCGGCAUCCUCGCGCGCCACCGGCCGCCCCUCUUCAUGGGCACCAUCGACGACUACCUCGAGAACGACCCCGUCGACGUCAAGUCGCCCGUGCUCGCGGACGGCACGGUCUACGUCGCGCUGUUUACGUUGCUGGAGCGGUCGCAGCUCGCCAUGCCCCUGAUCCGCCGCGGCGCCCUCGUCGGCGUCGUCUCCGCGGCGCACGCGCUGGACCAGGUCGUGAGCCGCCUCCUCGACGCCAUGGAGGAGGCCGGCGACGUCCGCGUCGACGCGGCGUGCGCCGCCACGAAAAAACGGUUCUGGGAGGACUGCCCGCCGCCCAAGGGCGCGCCGCCGCCGAAGAUCAUCAACCCCCUCCAGGCGCUCGAGGCGCGCGCGAAGUCGCGCGAGGCCUCGGGCGAGGAGAAGGAGAAGAAGGGCAAGAAGGGCAAGAAGAAGGGCGCCAAGGAGAAGAUGACGCGCGAGGAGAAGCGGCGGUCCGCCAAGGGCAACAUCAUGCGCUCCAAGAGCUCCUACGGCAAGGAGGCCAUGGUCGACAAGGACGACGACGCGGACGCGCCCGAGACGGCCGAGUGCCUCGCGGGGCAGGAAAAGAGCGCGAACUUCCCAAGGUGCCUCGCGGCCGUCGCGUUCCUCGAGGCGCACCUGCCCGCGGCGCUCGCGGAGAACUGCGUGCCCAUGAUGUUCAGCGAGCGGCGGGGCCACGGCGGCGAGCUCGUGCCCCACCCGCUGAUCCUGGACUGCAUGCCCUUCCACGUGCUCGAGUCCAUCGCGCAGGGCCACAUCAUGGUGCCCGUCGUCCAGUCCAUCGCGUGCAAGAAGGAGGACGUCGUGACCAUCCUGACGCCCCGCGACGUCUUCAACAUGCUCCACCUCGAGCCGCGGCUCCUGGGCGAGGUCUGGCACACGCCCAUCAUGCGCGCGGGCCUGGUGCGCAUGCCGCGGACCGUGUCGAACGAGGACCCGCUCUGGCGCGCGCUCGUGCUCUUCGCCGUGGAGCGCGUGCCCGCCGUGGCCGUCGUCGACGACGACGGUUUAUUUUGCGGGGCGCUGACGCCGGACGUGCUGCGGCUCGUCAUGGACCUGAAGCACGUGAACGACCGCGCGGAGCCGGAGCCGCCGAAGCCGCGCGCGCCCGCGGCGCCCGGGGCCAAGGCCGGCGGCCUCGGGGGCGGCCUCGCGGCGGCGCGGCGCGAUUCGGGCGGCUGGGGCGCCAUGAAGGCGGGCAUGAAGCUCAUGGCCAUCGCCAAGAGCGGCCCGGAGGAGAAGUCGCCGAACGCCGAAUGCACGCCCGUCGUGGAGAAGAAAAUGGCGACCACGCUCGCGGCCCUCUUCUGCGAGCCCGUCAAGCAGGUGCUCCGCUACCUCUACGAGGAGCCCUGGUGCGCCGUGGGCCACAACCACACCAUCGGCGGCUGCGUGGUGAACGCGGCGCUCACGGACUACGGCCACCUCGACCGCGUCCACGUGCUCAACAACCGGCGCCUCGUCGGCGUGCUGCUCAUCCACGACAUCGCGCGCCUCAUCCUCGACACGCAGCUCAAGCACGACCCCGCGGCGAACCGGCUCCCGCCGAAGCGCCGCGCGUCGUCGCUCGCGCAGACGGGCGUCCUCGGGGAGCCCGCGCCGGAGACCGACGACGCGGCGAAGCCGAGGUGACAUCAUUAAACAGCACGAAGGGGGG